AUGCCACCCAACGAUUCAAACAGAAACCGUUUGCUUAGCGAUUCGCCAGACGGAACUGUGUCAAAUGUUGCUUCAAAUUCGACAAAUCAUACCAUUGAUACAGCGUUAACCAGUGCUUUCUGGAAAAAUGAUUGGUCAAAUGUUCAAAAAUCACUAUCUUCUCUACGUAGUUCGUUGGCUUCCUUUCCUUCUUCGCCUUUGCGCAUUAUGCGAGUUAGCCAGCUAGACGCAGACUUAUUAGACUUUGAGCUUUUUGACAUGUUAAAAGAACAACUAUGGCUAUCAUUUUCAUUAUUUAACCCUCAAUUUAAACAAACAUUUGAACCAGAAUUACUUGCUAUUUUGCAAUUAAUUAUGUACCGUCUUUCUAUAUACGAGUCUGGCGCUUCGUAUGGCGCACAAUUACAAAAUCUUAAAUAUCGGAAUGAGAGACAACAUUGGGGAGGAUUACAAUCCACAGCUAAAGAUUCUCCAUUAACAAAAUUUCAGAAAUUCGUGUAUGGUGCAUUGACAAUUGGCGGUCAAUAUAUGUGGAUGCGCGUCAAUCGGUUGGUAACAGCGCAAGGAUGGGGUGAACUUAGUGAGGAUAAUCCACGAAAGGUAUUUUGGAAAAUUUUACAAAAAGUUGAAAAUGUUUAUAAAUCAUUAUCUUUAUUAAACUUCCUGAUAUUUUUAUAUGAUGGCAAGUACCGCACAUUGAUUGAUAGAAUCCUUUCAAUGCGUUUAGUUUAUACACGUAGAAUCAUGAAUAGACAAGUCAGCUUUGAAUUCUUAAAUCGACAAUUGGUUUGGCAUGCCUUUACGGAAUUCCUCCUCUUCCUUAUGCCUCUUAUUAAUUUACGUAAACUCAAAAAUAUCUUAAAACGUAAAUUUCUCCCCGAGGCUUAUUCUAAAUCUCAUACACUCGAUUUUUUGCCUACGCACAUUUGUGCCAUAUGUCAUGAGAAUCAAUCAGCUUCAAAUGCAUCCAUAUCUUCUGUAGUAACUGUGGACUCGUCUAAGAUACACAAUCCGUAUGAAACUAAUUGUGGUCACAUUUAUUGUUAUUUCUGUAUCAAAACUAAAUUGAUUCAAGAAGACGGAACCUGGCAAUGUUUAAGGUGUGGAGAUGAAGUGAAAGAAAUUACGAGAGUUUUAGAAAAAUUAGUUGACGAGAAUGAUAAUGAUGAAGAGGAAAAUGAUAGCAUUCGUAAAAACAAAGGCAAGCAUCCGGAAAAAUAA